AGGGGGAGAAAAACGAGAUCAGUGAUUUUGGGAACAUUUCUAGAGCUACAAAGUUUCUAACUGGGAAUUACGAGUUGGAUGACAGAUCAAAACAAUUUUCCCAGUCGGAGAUCGUUUUUUUUUUUUCUCGCCCCUGUAGUCGGAAAUGUCUGAGUUCCGAGUUGAACACUGCAUAUGCAUCGGAAGAAGACCAACAUAUCCUUGCCAUUCCAGUGUACGGCAACCAUUUUGGUAUUUAUUCUAAUGAACAUGUCAUAUUGACCAAUGGUAGCUCAACCUAGAUCCCAAUCGGCCAAUCCGUAGACGACGCUGUGACUCGCCAAAUAAGGAGAUACAACUCCAUAAAAGGAAACAUUGUAUCUCUUUAUAAGGAGGAAAGUAGAUCUUGGGUUGUAAAUCCGCUCUCGAAUACAUUAUUUAAAAAAUACAUCCGUUUUGUGUGAAAAUGUACGACUGCAAGACUGAUAUUGCGUGAUAUUCGAUGAAAUAUCUGCAGCCUUUGUGAAUGAAGGCGGAUACCGACGACAUUUUACGCUAUUAUGGUGUGAACUACAUGACAUGGCGGAGUAAUAACGAAUGCUCUCUGCGAUUUUCCCUCUUUUUUUGAGAAAGUGCUCUGAGUUUUGGAAAUAUAGGAGGUUGAGCUAAACUGAACCUGGCUGAAAGGUCUCAGGGGCAGCGUCACUUUUGAAAGUUUGCUUUACUGGUUUCAAACAGAUGACAAUUUUGCAAUGUCCGCAAUUUCGUUGUUUGUUUACCUUUUUGGUGGUUGGGUUUUAUGAACCGUGCUGUAAUUUUUACUGACCCGCGCUCCAGCAGUCGGCUGACGAUUUCAGGGACUGGGUCCUCUAACUACAAUGCUACCAAGCCAGGCUGGAUCAGCACAAUCUGGAAACGGGUCAGCGUCUUUCAGGGAUAACACAGGUCACGGUUCUGGGGUGAUUGGGAUUCGCCCUGUGUUGGUCAGAGCAAGGCAAUCGAAAACUCGGGUUAGCGACAGCAUCAGUGCGGUGGGGAUGUUGGGGGGCAACGGUCCAGGAGUGGGUGCAAGAGGUGCGGCGAGACCAGGGAACGGGACGGGACCGACGGUUCCACAGACCGCGGCUCAGGGAGGCAUCGGUCUGAACAUGGGAAUUGGGGUUCGCGGAGGCAGCCGCUACGACCCGGACAAAGAGUGUGCGCCAAUGGGUUGUAGUGGGUCAGACGCUGAUUCAGACUCGGGGGAUGAAGACGAUCCGAUGGCUUCAAUCGGGGACAACAGAAGAAGUGUAAAGCGGGAGAGACUGGAGAUAGAGGCUGCGGUGACAGGGCAGGAGGCCGGGAUACCACCGGGGGGUUAUGGUGUGGUUCCCCAAGGUGUCGCUGGCGCAAAGCCAGGGAAGAAGACACGUGGGCGCGUGAAGAUAAAAAUGGAAUUCAUCGACAACAAGUUGAGGCGAUACACAACUUUUAGCAAGAGGAAGACUGGUAUAAUGAAGAAGGCCUAUGAGCUUUCCACGUUGACAGGAACCCAGGUCCUGCUACUGGUGGCCAGCGAGACGGGCCAUGUCUACACGUUUGCCACGCGGAAGCUCCAGCCCAUGAUCACCAGCGAGACGGGCAAGGCCCUCAUCCAGACGUGCCUCAAUUCUCCAGACUCGCCCCCCCGCAACGAUCCCUCCACUGACCAGCGUAUGAGCGCCACAGGCUUCGAGGAGACAGACCUUACCUACCAGGUGUCUGAGUCAGAGAGUCUUGGGGAGACCAAGGACCAGCUAAAGCCUGCGUUUACAGUGGCCAGCCUCCCGGGCACCACCAGUACCCAUGCACCUACGGCACCCACCACAUCCACCACCAUGCAGGUUAGCAGCGGGCCCUCCUUCCCCAUCACCAACUACCUGGCUCCCAUCUCCGCUAGCAGCAACGUCAACGGCACAGUCCUCAAGACCACCGGUGCCUCCGGAGGGCAGGUCAUGCAGCUGCCCAGCGGCUUUACCUUCAUGUCAGCAGGCACUUCUCUCCCUCCCGGCACCCCCACCAUUCCGCUCAGCCAGCUUCACCAGCACACCCUGGCCAUCCCGGGACAGCGGGGCCAGAAGCUCACCGCAUCACAACUGACACAGCAGGGCCAGCAGGCCGUCUUCCGAUUCCCCGCUGCAGUCUCCCUAGGGGGAGGGAUGACCCAGCAGCUGCAGGCCAUCCAGGUGCACCCCACCACACACAACAACGACAGCAGCUUGGAGAUCUCCCAGACCUCAACUGUCUCCACUGCGACCAUUGUCACAUCGUCUGUGCCCACGUCCAUGGCGGGGCACAUGAUGUACACCAGCCCCCACACAGUGAUGUACGCGUCCAGCCCCUCGGCCAUGCAGGUGUCCCACGGACAGGGCCAGGACACAGGUGAGACCACGCUUGACUACAGUAGGCUACGCUGGGACACAGGUGCUGUCCCUCAGGUAUUCCUUACGGCACCCUCGGGCACCAUGCAGAUCCCUGUUUCUGCAGUGCAGCUACACCCAGUACGGCAAGACCUACAUUUUACAAAUGGUGAUUGGUCAGCAGUUGAGCAGCAGCAGCGGUAACCUGACAGAGCUGCAGGUGGUCAGCCUGGACACCACCCAGAACACAAAGAACGACUGACAGACACACUGAGGCCCAGGGAAACUGGCCAGACAUCUCUAUUUAUUGAUGCCUUCCAUUAUUUUACAGCUCUGUGUGUUGCAUUUACAUUACAAUUCUGUAUGUAUGCACACGCAUGGAAGGGUAUGUGUGUCGCUAAGCUUUGUAUGUGAGUAGAUGUUUGAAAAUACGUAUGUAUUCAUUCACUAAAGCAUAGAAAGGAAUUGAGAUAUUCACUAAAUCCUCCUUUUGGAAUACCUUGUCUAUAGUAUUGGGGGGGUGGGGGUCUGUAAUUAUUUGUCAAGUGCACAUGAUGCAGGUGCUGCAGCUCCACACGUCAGCCAAAGAUACAUUUUUGUGUGUGUGUGUGUGUGUGUUCGAGUAAACUUGGGAUUUAUAAAUGGGAAAGGUAUGGUGGCUUUGGGGUUAAAGACAUUUGUAAAUGUACAUAAUUAUUUUUGAAUUGAAUCAAAUUGUAUUUUUUGCCUGUUUGUGUGAUGGCAUAUAGUUGUUUUGUAUAUGCAAGUAAUUUGCAUAUAGAAUAAAUUAAUUAUUUAUACACUAUGUACACCUGCUCUUUCAUGACAUACACUGACCAGGUGAAUCCUAUGAUCCCUUAUUGAUGUCACUUGUUAAAUCCACUCCAAUCAGUGGAGAUGAAGGUGAGGAGACGUGUUAAAGAAGGAUUUUAAGACUUGAGACAUGGAUUGUGUAUGCGUGCCAUUGAGGGUGAAUGACAAAAGAUUUAAGUGCCUUUGAACGGGGUAUGGUAGUAGGUGGCAGGCGCACCAGUUUGUGUUAAGAACUGCUGGGUUUUUCACGCGGAACAGUUUUGCGUGUGUUUCAAUAAUAGUCCACCACCCAAAGGACAUCCAGCCAACUUGACCCAACUGUGGGAAGCAUUGGAGUCAACAAGGGCCAACUUCCCUGUCGAACGCUUUCAACACCAUGUAGAGUCCAUGACCUGAAGAAUUGAGGCUGUUCUGAGGGCUAUUUCUUAUAGUUGGCCAACUAACCUUACGCUUCAGAAUACAUUAUCUUGUAAAAUAUAUUCUGGUAAAAAUGUAUAGUUUAAUUAUUUACAUUUAAGUCAUUUGGCAGACGCUCUUAUCCAGAGCGACUUACAAAUUGGUGAAUUCACCUUAUGACAUUUAAAUUGAGUUAGCUGGAUAUGCGGAUCCUGCGUUGUGAAAUAUUAGCCAGCUUGUGCCAAACUGACUGACAAGAGUGACAUCUUUCUAGAGUGAAUCACAAUGACCUCUUCACACCUUGCCUGUCACAGUGCUGAAGGACUGCGUCUACCUGUGCCUGUAUGGCCAUGUAGGUUAUUGAAAGUUAUUUUCGCUAGUCUGGGCAGUUGGUAGCAGGGCACUAGCAAGCUCCUGUGUCAGUUAAGAAUUGGACAGAAUGCCAGGAUAAAACACUGAACUCGAAUGGUUUUCUGCUAUUCUCAUUUAGCUGAAAUAAAAAGGGUAUUUUCUCUAGGUGUCAGUACUGUAUGAAGGGUUUGUUAGUCUCCUUAUAACCAUACCUAGAUUCAUGUAUUAUAUAUGCUUAAUUAUGUUAGGUGGGAGGGGUUUGCACUUUUGAGACUUUUAUUGGUUCCAUCACAACAGGCAGGCUCAAUCAAGCACAACUUAUGUAUAUGAACCCAGGUCUGCUUAUAGCAUGGUUGAUCAAUCAACCAAUAAAUCUAUACAAUGUCAUAUUGCCUCUGAACCAUUUAAACAUGCUAUGCUAUGCUGGCAUUUUCUUAGGAAUUUACAUUUAACUGUGUUCAUGAAGAAUAGUGAGGUUUUAAAGGGUAUUUCAAAAAGUGAGUUAAACCACUACAAGUUUUAAAGACUUAUAACUUCAUAGUAUUUAUUUGGAGAAAUAAUGGUAUUUGACCCAGUUAGGACCCACUUUACCAAGGUGGAUUGGAGAUAG